AAAUAUUUCCGGAAAUACCUCCAGAAACACCAACGAAGAAGUAUACUGAAGUGUGGAAGCUAGCUGCUCCGGUAAAAGGGAAAAAUGAAUGAAGAAUAGCAAUGGCAAUCAGAGCCAGAUUUAACCACGUCUUCGUUCAGCAGAUCCAGCCAUGCCUCUACCAUUUGUGUACAGCAACCAGGACUAUGUCACAGACGUGUGUCGGAGCAGAGGUAACACCCUAAUGCCAGCGAAGUUUGACUCAACCGUCCAAGCAGGCUGGACGGACAGGAUGGACAGAGGGCUCUUCCGCUACCACCUUGGGGAUCUACAAACACGCAUCCUCCCUGGCCAGCUUGGCUUUGUGGCCCAGCUGAAUAUCCAAAGAGGACUAGAGAGAAGGAAGCCUCAGGAGAUACUGAGCAUUCAACAGGAGUUCAACGCCAAACAGUUCAAUUUUAACAAAAUCAAUCCAGAAGAGAUCAUAUGUGAGAUGGUCAAGGCCACUGAGGGAGGACAUGAGAGGGGGCAGCAGCAUCCACCCUGUAAGAUGGUUGUGCUGGUCAAUGUCAGCCCUCUUGAGUUUGGACAUUGUCUCUUUGUUCCAGAUCCUUCACGCUGUUUCCCACAGGUACUGACAACUUUCGCCAUCCAGGUUGGUGUUGAAUCUGUGCUCCUCAGCUCUGAUCCUGGCUUCCGUGUGGGGUUCAACAGUCUUGGAGCUUUUGCAUCUGUCAAUCAUUUACACCUACAUGGGUACUACCUAGACCAUGAGCUGAAGAUAGAGUCCAUGCCAGCAAAGCCACUGGCCCCUGAGAAGGGAUUUUAUUGCUUGCUGGACUUUCCUGGUGGAUUUUUGUUUUACACAGAAUCAGAGCAGGUCGAGAAAGUGGCCAGAGCUGUCUGUAGAGUCACAGACUUUCUUGUGGAGCGUAACAUUGCUCACAACCUGUUCUUGACAAGAGGUUGUCCACCAUGUGAGAGCAUACAAAGUGAAAAGGAUCGCUGUUCAAGAAAAGGUGUUCGUAUUGCUGUAUGGCCCAGAAUAUCCUGCUUUGGUGCCAAAGAGGAGUCUGCCUUCAAUGUUGCUCUUUGUGAACUGGCUGGACAUUUACCAUUCAAGAACAAGAAGGACUAUGAGCUCACUACAGAGAGAGACGUUACAGGUAUUAUCAAGAGGUAUCUUCUGCCUGAUGAGGAGCUUCACACACUAGAACAACAGCUAGCUCAUCAUUUGAUGAAUUUGUAAAUUUCACAUCAAUAACUGUUAAAUCCUGUGCGUAUAAUAUAUGAUUAAGUAUCUUCACAACCAGUUAUUCUUAAGGUGCUAUGCUGUAUGUCUUCACUUGCAUGAGGGUGAAAAAACAAGUAUUGUAAUUUAAGAGAUAAGAUCAACUUUAUUUAUUCCCUAUUGGCUAACUUACUUGAAAUGUUGUACCAAUGGAUGUGUUGCAUUAUAAGUGGUUCAAAAUAAAGAGACCCAAAGCAUUUUA